AUGUAAAAUAGUGUCAAUAGCAAUCACUCUUAAAAUGGUAGCAAUUUGAUGCAUGAAAUAGCUUUCAGCGAUUAAUUAAUUAAAUUCACUGUAACUGAUAAUGCAUCAGCUCCAUUAGUCAAUUCUGUCUCUUCUAUUGAUAAUUCAAAUCACAGUGCUAAUCCUGUGAUAGAACUGCCUAAUGAGUAAAUGAAGGUUGAAAAAUCAUAAAAUCUGUUAAUAAACAUGCAGUUUGAGCUAUCUGAACCAUACUUAAUUACAAACAUUCACCUUGUUUCUACUUAUAUGGAGUUUUCCAAGGCUAAUUUUGAGUUUUAUCAAGCAAAGCAGAAUUAGUUUUCGCAUCAAAGAAUAAAUGGCAUUGAAAAAAAUGCUUAAAACCACUAAUUUAUAAACAUGAUUAAGCUUGAGCCAAGUCAAUGCGGAUUUUUAGAAAAAUUAGGAUUAGUUUCUGAGGAGUAAUCUCAAAAUAAAGAGUAUUAGCUUAAAGUUUUAGGGAUUGCAUAAGCACUUAAGUUAUAAUUUUAAAUUACAAGUCAUACAGUUAUGGAUGUAUUAGUUAAAUUUUAAAAUGACCAUUAAAACUAUUCGGAUUCAGUAUUUGAUAAUAUAAAAUAAUUUUUGGGAAGUGAUUAAGAUGAUUUAACACACAAUAAGUUAUUAGAUAUUGAUGAUGCUUUAAGUCUUUUUAAAGUUUGCUUUGAAAGUAUAUAGAUUUUUGGUUAUAAAUUAAGUUGUAGUCCUCCUGCUUCUCAUGGAGUCGGUUUGUUAAAUUUGUCGAAUAUAUUUUACAAACAUAAUAGAAUAGAAGAAGCUAUUGAAACAGAAAUCUUGUCAGGAUUAUCGUUUAUGAGUUCAAGAAAAUUUGUUCAAUCAUCAGAAAUCUUUAUGAAAGCUGCUAAAUAUUUUAGAAAUAAAUAUUUAAAAAGUAUAUCUAAAGAUAUGAAUUAAGUGCUUCUGAAGAAGAGUAAAUAGAAUAACAAUUUAAUUGAAUCAAUUCAAAACAGUUAAGUAGGAAAGCUAUAGUUAGAAAAAAGCGGAGAUUUAAUGAAUUAUAUUCUUCAAAGAAAUAGUUUAAAAUAACAUUUUCAGCUCUUUCAAAGUGCCCAAUCUAUAUAACCCUCUCAUUAAAUUAGAACAUCCUACUCUGUUUAAGGAAAUAAUUACUUUGUUUAAGAAAAUUAGUUAAAGCAAAAUCUCUUAGAUAACGCUAGUUUUAAUUCAUUAAUUUAGCAAACUUCCAAUAAGAAUUUGAUAAAAUCAGCUAAAAUGGAAUUGCUUGCAGCUGAUUGUAUUGUUUAGCCCUGCAUGCUAAAUUUAAAAGUAGCUGCUUAUUCUAGAGCUAUUGACUCUUUUACUAAUAUGAAUGACGACUUAUAAGUCAAUAUAAAUAAUAAUUUUGAUCCUUACUCUGCAUUAUUAAAAUUGAGUCCUCAUUUAACAAAAUUGUGUUUAAAAUGUUUAACUGAUAAAUAAGAAAAUAUUCAAAUAGCUGCAAUAAAAACUCUUGAAUUUAUGGUAGAGCAGUUAGGCUGUACUUUAGGAAACCAGCUGCCUUGUAUUUUAAUAUCAGUGUUUAUGAAUUACCCUAUAUUAAAAGAAGAAGAAUAAACAAUAUUAAAAUAAUAUGACAUUUCUGAUAGUGAAGAUAAUGAAGAAUAAUGGGCUUUAAGUUAAAAUUCAUCAAGAAGUGGCUUAAAAACUGACAAAGAUGAUUCUGAUAAGAAAAGAAAUUCGAGCAACAUAGAAAAUAUUGAAAAUGAAGAAGAUUUAGAAAAAGAAAUAUUUCAUGAUGAAAAUGCAGAUAGAGUAUUGAAAAAUGAAGAUACUACCAAAAAAGCUAGCAAAAGUGAAAAUGAAGCAAAAAAAAUAAUCAUUGUAGAAGAAGAGAGGUUUGAAGAGUUAGAUUUCGAAAAAGAAAAAUAACCAACUAAGAAAACUUAAAAAGAAACAGAGAUAGAUAAAAAAUUUACCAAGAAAGGCUCAAAUUCAUUACAAACUCUAGCUCAAAUAAGAAAAAAGAUGGAAAAAAGGUAAAAAGGAAACUUUGUUUCUAAGGGUAGCUUUUAGCAUAUUGUAGAUAGCUACCAUCAUUUUUUGGAGACUUUUAUAAAUGUGUUAGCUUCAGCAAGUUCUUAAAUUCUCAGAAUUAUAUUUUAGGAGAUAAUUAGUGUAUAUAUUCUUUUAAGAGAGCUUUCUCCUGAUCUUCGUAUAUAUGUAUUUAGAAUAGCUGAAAAAAUUCUAGCCAUAUGUUAAGGUGAUGUUUAGAUUGAUAUGAGCUUUUUUCAUUACAUGCUUUAUGCUAUUGAUGGAUCUGGAUAUGAAAGUUUUUACACUGAAGCACAGAUAACAAAUAUAUAAUAUUAUGCUUUAAAACUUUGGGAAACGAUUAAAUUAAAAUUGGUUUACAAUAUGAACAUUUCUUAGUUAAAUGGAGUCAUAAAUUGGAUUUCAGAAAUGCUAUUAGCUCUGCUAGAAGCAGAAUAAGAAGGGGAGAAAAAAGAUCUUUAAAAUAUUUUGAACAAAGUGUAUCAGCUACUUGAUUUAAUUACAAUCAUUACUAUUAGAUAUCAUACUAAUAGAAAGAAUUUAAGCCCAACUACUUUUAUAAAAAGCGAUUCUUACUACUCUAAGUAAGAAGAGCUAAAUUUAGAAAAGUAAAUUAAUGAUGAGACUGAUUCUGUUCUUGCUAACUUAGUUGAUAAUGGAGAAGAUGAAAACUAAACAAAUCAAUCAAAUGAAAAUAAGAAAACAGAAAAAGUCAGUCAAUUGGAUGUAGAAGAAGAAACAAAUAUAAUUCUUAAGUAUUUUAAAAAAAUAAAGCUAAAUAAUGAUAAUUAAAAUAAAACUGAUCAAAAGCUUAUUCUCAUUAAUUAAAAGGCUCAAAUAUGUGUUGAUAACUUAAUUAAACCACUUAUUUUGUGGGUUGAAAACUCUUUACAAUAUUAAAGUUAAAUUGAUAUAUUUAAGAAUAUCUGGUUAGUGAUGGUUGAAAUAAUGCCUGAAGAAAGUAGUAUAAACCUUUUUGAUGUAGCCUAUCCACUUUUAGAAAGGGUUGCAGAACAUAUCUAAAUGUCAUCUCCUCCACAUCUUAUGCUUGAAUUCAUUAAAAUUAUUAUUUCUUCACUUCCUAAGCUUAAACUUAAUGCUUAAAAUGAAAAUGUUUACUUUCUCCAAUAAUUUUUUAUAAUAUUUUGUGACUGCAUUCCUCACAGCGUGAAUGAUGAACCAUUUUAAAUUUUUGAUAUUUUACUUUAUAUAAUACAACUCCACUUAAAUCCUGAGAUUGUCAAAAAAUGCAUAGAUACUUUGGUUGAUAAGUUCACGAUGAGAGGAAAAGCAUAAAAGAGGUCUUAAGAGUUUUUUUUAAGGGUUUUAGCGAGUAAAAAGAAUGUAAAUUCUUUUAAAUAUUUUAUUGAUGAAUGUCUAGUGAGCAAUUAAGAGCCUCAGUUUGUCAACCAAAACAAAAAGACAAAGCAGGUUAAAAUGGCUUAUAAAGAUUAAGAUUUGAAAUAGUUUAACAACAAAUACGAAAUAUUUCAAGAAAAAAUUAACUUACUGCAAGAAGGCUUAAUUUAUCUAAAAUAUUAUCAUUUUGAAAAUCUAAAAUUACUUUUUGAAGAAAACAUAUUAAGCUAAGCGAUAAUUAAAAUUAUAAAUAGUGGCAACUCAAAAGUGCGAAUAAAAGCUACAAAUAUUGCAAAAAUAUUUCUAGAAUAGUAUUUAAAAGGAUUUUCUUCAUAGAUAGCAAAGAAAAAUAAAUAAGAAUAAGGUAAAAAGAACAAGUUAGAUACUUCAAAAAAGGGUGGCACUUUGAAUACUUAAGAGAAAGAAAUAGAAGAUCCUGAUUUUUAUCAAAAUAUAUUUAAAACAGACAUCGCUGAGACAAAAUACAUUGAUCAAAUUCAAGUUUUAAUGAUUAAGUUUUAGCUGCAAAUUACUAAGGUGACUUUUUGCUAAGAAAAUAGAGAUAAUAAAUUGUUGUUUAAUUCUUUAAUUAUCCUAGAUUUAUUAUUUCAAACUAUUUUUAGUGGACCAUCUGUAUAAAAUGAAAUAGAAAAAUAUAUAAAAGAAAAAUAACCAGAGAUAUCAAAUACAUUUGUUGUUGAAUCGAAUUCUGAUAAAAAUUAAGCUAAUGAAAAUAACUUGACUUCAGCUGAAUCUUAAAAUUUUUAACUUGUGCCCGACUCCAAUGAUUUAGAUCUUAAUAACUUAUUGAUUUAACCUAAUACUCUAUUUAUUAGAACUUCCAGUGAAUUUUAGGAGUUGAGGUUAAAUGAAAUCAUCGACUUGGUUCCUUUAGUCUCAAAUCUUCUUCACUCACCUUGGAGCAAUAUAAGAAGUUUAACUUACGGGCUACUCUGCUAUUGGGUGAAACCAAAUAUUGGAAAUUAUAAAACUGCACAGUAAAAAUAAUUUAUGAAUCUAAUUUUAGAUAUCAUAGAAAGCUUACUAAUAAAUUAAGAAAGUGAAUGUAGAACAGGUGGCUUAAAUAUUGUAGGUUCUUUAUGUGGCCUUGGAUAUAAUUUUGAUGCUUACACUGAUAAAAUGAAAGAUAUUUUAGGACUAUUUCGUCAAUGUGAGAAUAUUAUACCUGCUAAAAUAUGGAAAGCAAUUUAUAAAAUUUAAUUUGAUUGGGAUUCUACAAACUAAGCAGCAGCUCUUGCUUUGAUUUAACUUUGUGCUCCGAAGAAAAAAAUUAAAAAAUUUUAUUUGCAAAUGAAUAAAACAUCUUCGAUAGUUCUUAAUUUAGAUCAAAAAAAUAAUAGCAAUAGUAGAUUGAGUGUUUUUUCUUAGUUGAACCAAGGAAAAGAUGACUCUUUUAUCAAAUUUUCUAACAUAUUUAGUAAAUAAAAUGAAAAAAAGAAUAUAAAGAGGGCAUAGUCAGUUUAAGUUUCAUCUCUUUAGAAACAAUCAAACGAAAAGGGGUAAGAUAAUUAAGAAAAUAAAUAAAUAUCUGAAUUGGUGAUUAGUAGAAAUAAUGAUAAUUUAUUAGUAUCCAAUUAAGAUGAGGUGAUUCAGAAAUAUUAAGAAGAAAAUGCUAAAAUGGGUUCACAGAAUGAGUAUAAGAAUUCAGUUAAAAGCGCUAACAUAAUAAAUAAUAAUUCUAAUCAAGACGAAGAAGAAUCAUAAAAAGUAUUUAGUGAUGAUGAAAUUGAAGGAAUCUUUUGGGUUGAACAAUUAAACUCAAAAGAUAUUAGAGACUACAUUUCGAUGUUUAGAAAUGAAUAUAAACCUCCUUCAACAUUAUGGAUAGAAAGAGUAAAUUAUAAUAAUGAAGAGGAUUCUGGUUAAUUAUUUUAAGACUAGCAGGAAGCAAUAUAAUUAUCUGAAGAAACUGAUAUCUUAACUGUCUAGCAAAGAAGUAAUGCUUAGUAGAAAUAAUAGGCUUAGCAAAUCAAUUUUAGGUAAUAGAAUAACUAAAACCACUAGCUUGGAUAGUAUAUAGAUUAGGAAGUUCAAUUUUAAUAGACUAAUGGAAUCAAAGUAUUUAAUGAAUAGAAUGAAUAAGAUUAAGGAGCUAAAGCGAGUAAAAUGCAUAGAGGAAAUAUUAAUCAUGACAUUAUUGAUGAUUAAUUAGAGUUAGAAUAAUUAGGAAUUAUAGAUGCUGGGGAUGAAGAUUGGAAUGAGAGUGAAGAAAAUAGAAUUGUUAACUAACAUAAUUCAGAUUUAUAAUUCUAAGCAAAAAAAGAUAAAGAUUAGCUUAGCGAUAAUCAAAAUACUAAGUAAACUCAAUACCUUACUGAUGAAGAACCUUAAUAGAAGCUAUUUAUUAAUGAGAGAAAAAAGUUUUAAAGCAAUAAAAAUUAGCAGAGUUCUCAAAAUUCAAAUGAAUAUUUAGGUUCUCCUCGAGAUAUGAUUUAGAAAAAAGAGAGAACUAAAAAUCAAUAGACUUUUCCAACAGAUGACGAUGAUGAUUUAGAUGAAGAAGCUUUGGAAGCUGAAUUGAAAGAUAAAAUAGAAUAAAAUUUUAACAUAAAUUCUGAAACUAAUGAACUAGAGCUUAUGGAUGAUUAAAGCUAUUCAUAUUAGCCACUCUAGCAUUAAAAACUCUUUAUUAAUCCUUAAAGCAACUCAAAUUUAAAAACUCCUGCAAAUUAAAAAAGAGAAACUUAUAAUUUGCCUACAUCUAACUCAGAAGAAGAAGUUAUCAAUAAUUAAAUAAACGUCAAUCACGAGUCAAAGACUUACUUAUAGAAAUUGAUGCAAACUAACUCUGAUAAAAAGAAUAAAAUUAUGAAAAACUUAGAUAUACUUUCUUAAACGUCAUCAAAAUAAGACGAAGUUAUUAGAUUAAGUGAAAGUUCUUCUAUUUCUAAAGAAGAAAAUGAAUCUAGUAAAAAUUAGCUUUAAGAAAUAGUUCACAGUGGCGAAUUAGAAAAAGAUGACAAAUUAAAAAUAAAAGUAGAAAAUGAUUUUUAAGAAUAAUUGAAUACUUAAUAGAAUGAAAAUGUAGAUAAAAAUGAAAAGUAAAAUAUUUAAAGUUAAAAGUAAGACUAAAAUAAAAGUGAAAAAGUAUUCAAUAUAAACUCAUUUUUAAUGAAUGAUAAGGAAUAUAAACAAUAAAAAAUAUACUAAGACUAAAAAUAACUCCUUCUUAAGCAAUCAAAAAUGAGUAAUCUUUUAACUAAUUAGCAAUAGUAAUAGACUAACGAUAAUAAAAAUAAUUAACUGAGUCAUAUAAACAUUUAGUAACAAAUUAUUUAAUAAUAAUAACUUCUUGCUGAUGCAUAGUCAAAGAAAAAAUAGCCUAUUUUAAUAGAAGGAGAUGGAAAUAGUAGUAAUAAGUUAAUGCAGUUAAGUGAUAGCAAUAGUAUUUAAGAUUUUUGUUUUGAUAUCAAUCACGAUACUUCAUCAUCAUAAGAAAAGACAGAAAAUGCGAAUGAUAAAUUAUUUUACAUAAGCAAAACAUAGGAAAGUGGUGAUUUAAAUGAAACAGAUAAUUAUAAUAAAAAUAAUUUUGAAAUUUUAGAUAGCAAUGAAACACAACAGAGCAAUGAUUCUGAAAAAUCAAAUAAACUCUAUAGCAAAACUUAACAAAGUUAGGAGUAAAAUAUCAAAUGGGAAAAUAUUUCCUUAAAACUCUAGCAAUAGUAGCAAAAUAAAGGAAAUAAAUUUGAGCAGGCUUUGGCUUUUUCAUUUUAAAAUUCAAAUCAAACAUCUAUGCCUCAGUCUAACCAUGCCUCAGUACUUUUAAUUCAAAAUAAAAAAGGAGAAGAAGUAUCAUCAUCUAUAGCUUAAUAAUCUGAACAAACUUCUUCAAAAGUUUUUAAUUCAUUUUAAAUGGUUUAACAUUAAAAAUCAAAUGAUGAAGAUACUUCACCUAAUAAAUUAUAUGAUGGUUCAUAAUUCUAAUCUGCAGAAUUCGAAAGAUCUCCUGAUACUGAUAGAGAAAAUAUUUUAAAUAUAAAUUUAUAUUAGAAUGAUAAAAUUAAUAAUUUCGGAAGUAGUCCUCCAAUUGCUAGAAAAAUAAUCCAAGAUGAAAAAACAAAAGAGAAUUUUGUGUAGAGUUGUCAAAAUUAUUAAAACUUUGACUAUGAAAAGCAAAAUUAUGAAAAGUAUUUGGAAAAAGACAAAAAUGAAUCAUAGAAGAAAAACGAUUUUAGAGAAUGCAGUUAAGAAAGUUUAAUGCAGCAGCUUGCUAAUUACUAGAAAUUUGACAAAAAAACAACUCUUUAAUACACUUCUUCUUCAGAAGAUUAAGUAGUCAUACUCGAUAGUAACCAAACUUUAGACAGACCCACAUCUAAAGAUAAUAAAUCAAAGAUUUUAAUUGACACUUCAGGAAAUUAUUCUAAAAAUAGCGCAGGAGGGUUUUCCUCAGAUGACAGGAGAUAACAAAAAAAUUUAAGUAAUAUUGAUGAAGUUUUGGAAGAAAGCAAAUUUGUCUAAUAGAAUACAAAUGGAUUAGUUACUACGAUUAAAAAGAAAAUCUAAAAAAAAGAUUAAGAUGGAGAAUAAUAUUUCGUUCGAGAAGGCGAAAGUUCAAGAUAUAAUAAAAAAGACGAAGGUAUCAUUGAAGAAUUUCUAACAGAAGAAGAAAGCUCUACUGAAGAACAAUCUCAGGUAAAAUUGAAGUAAAGAUAUGCUUCUGAACCUGCUGCUCUGCAACCAAUUUAUCCUAUUUCUUCAGCAUAAAGCCCUUCUUAAUCUCUUCUUUAAAAGUCUGAAGAAUACUUUGGUAGAUUUUAAGGCUAGGUAUAAUAAAUUAAUACUCCACUGCUUUCUGGCUAAUCGCAUUUAAUCAGCUAGCAAAGCACUUAGUAAUAAAUUUUAUCAACUGCUAAUGCUACAGGUAACACAACUGCACACGAGAUAAAUCAUAUCAACUCUGCAAGCUCAAAAAAUACAAAGAGAUCAGUAAAUAAAAGCAAGGAGAGAUCGAACUCUCCAAAACACAAGAAAACAUAAAAAAAGAUGCAAACACAACUACAAUAAACUAAUAACCAAAUUUAAUAAUAGCAGUUAUAGAUUUAUCAGUAGCAAAAUUAACAGCUAUCAUAAUUACAAUCUAUAUCUUCAUAUUAGUAAAGUCAGUUGCAUUCUCCUCAAUAGUAAUAGCAGACUCAGUAUUACAAUUCAGAAAACUUAACUGCAUUUUAAACUCCUCUCAUUUAAAAAUCCCUAACACCAAGCAAUAGAGCUAAAGAAAUAGCUUUCAGAAGAAACAGCAACAGCAGCUAAAAAGGUUUAUCAGCACAGUCAAACGGAGAAAUCUUUACAAGUAAAAAGAGACUAAAUAUGAAUGACAACAUUCACUCUCAUCAUUUACAAAAUAACUAAUACAUGAAUAAUAGCAGCAAUAGUAAACAUAAUAAGACGAGUGAGAGUGGAGGAAAUGGGACUCAUGGAAAGUAUUAUAAAUCAAUAGGAUACAAAUUAUUGACAAAAAAUCAUUCCACGAAUAAUAUCUUCAACACAAGCAGUUUGAUUAAUACAACUUAAGGUAGCACAAGCUUUAAUAAUGGAAGUGCUAUUAAUUUAGCUCUAUCUUAGUUGCAUAAUAACACAUCUAACAACUAACAAAAAAGCAAUAACGUAUGUAAAGAUAAGCUUAUUAAAAAACUAAUGACAAGUAAAGGAUUAGAUGCUUCAGAGCUGAAGUCAGUUAUAAAACUUCAUCAAUAAACUUAGAUGUUCUUUAAUCAUCCAUAAAAUACAUAAUACAUACCUAUUGGAUCAAGCAGUGGAGAUACUAAAAAUAGGGUAAUGUUAUCAAAGUCUCCUUAGUAGAAAAAUAUUAGAAAGUCAUCUCAUGAUUCAGCUGAAAAGAGCAAGAAAAAAAGCAAGAGCACAUCUCCCCUAAAUGAAAGAAUAGAAAUGUCAUCUGACGAGAAUAAAGACUCCUAUCCCAAUUCACUUCAUAUAUCAUCAAAUUAUUAAAAUUCUUUAAAAAAUUCAAAGCUGGGAGUUUAAUUUUCUAAGGACUAAAUACACAACUCAAGUAAAAGCUAAAAUAUAAGCGAGCAACUCUAAUCAUUCUAAUCAUAGAAGUAGUUUAAAAAAGGAGAAUAACAGCUUAAAAGCCAAUAAAAUAUUAAUUAAUAACAGUAUUUAUAAAGCAGCAUAACUGCUAAUUAGUUUGAUGAUGAUUAAAUAUAGUAAAGAUACAAAAGGAAUUUUUCAAAUUUGUAAAUAAAUGAAGAAAAAAAUGAAAAUAGCGAUGAUACCUCUAAAGCCACUGUCAACGAUGAUCUAUCCCAUCAUUUUUAAACUUUAAGCUAACAAGGAAGAAGUAACUCUUAUGGAAAAAUUCAUAAUAACUCUGGAAAAAAGAAAAGAAAAUCUAAGUCUAAAGAAUAGCUAACAUUAAAUGAAAAUGGCUAUGAAAUAACAAAUUCAAAAAAAGAGAAGUUUGGUUUAAAUGAGAAAGAACUCACUGUAUCUUUAGCUUCUUCUACAAAAAGUAGCAAUGUUUAAAUCAAGAAUAAAAAAUUUUAACCUUUAAAUAUUUCAGGAUUAAAUCCUCAACAAAUUAAAACAUAACCUUCUUCAUCUAAACAACAACAACAACAGCAAUAGCAAUAACAAUUUGAGAGAUUUCUCAAUUAAGGAGCCUCUUCAGGAAAUAAGCAAAAUAUUUAAAAUAAAAGGUCAUCAUCUUCAAAAAAAUAAAAAGAACUUUCAAAAUCAAAAUCGAAAAAAGAAGUGGUUAUCCUACAAAAUAUAUCAUAAUAAAUUUAAUCAUUUAAUCAACAAGUAAAUAAUAAUACUAGCAGUGGAUAAAUAAAUUAAGAACAGUAAAUAAAUAAGUAAAAAUUAAAGAAUGAAAUUCUCAAUUUUGCUCCUAUAAACUAAAACAAAAAUAAAAAGUAUGAAUCAACAAUAUCCUCUUAAUUAAAAAUGCUUUAAUAAAGCUCAAACACUUAGCCUUAGCAGCUAAGCAAUGACAGUUAUUUAGUUUUUGAUGCUUAGCAGUAAUUUUUUAAAAUCCAAAACAUUAACUAAAAUCCUAAUUCAAACUACAACGAAUUUAUGAAGAAUGCCUAGCAAAUGAUAAAUAACAAAAAUAAUUAGCAGAAAAAUAUUAACAAAGAAAUAAUGGAUGAAUUAAAUUAAACCUUGUGA